AUGCGCUCACCUGGUCUUCCUGGCACAGACAUUCGCCGCUCGCCGCACAUGCCCCCUCAGCCGUACCCGGGCAACGGACAAAAUGGACCUCACGGCGAUCGGCUCGUGCCCAUGCAAGCUUACGGCCAGCGGGGUCUUCACUCGGGACAGCCGUCGCCUAUCUCGCCCAUGGGCGACCUGCCAUCACCUUUUGGACCGCCAUCAGGAAGGAACACCCCGAUCGGUUCGGCAGCACCAUCCCCUCGGCGCCCCUCGGCACCCCCACUUCCCUCACCCGCAGCUAUUGCGAUGGCCUCUGGGCCUGACUCGAGCAACGGCAAUGUGCGACUUGAUGAGAGCAUGAAGCGCGUGGUGCGCAAGAGAGACAUUUCGGAACCGACUUUUGUCUCGUCCACCUCCCGUGUGCCAGUUGUUGACUUGCCCGAGGACGGGACGCGCUCUCGAAGCGGUUCUCGAUCCCGCUCGGGCAGUCUGCUCAAGACGCUGGGAUCGGCGGCAUCGACGCCUAAUCUGCACGCGCAGGCACAUGCGCCUCCCGUACCGCCCAUCAACCCCCGACGACGAAACGUUUUGGGAAACCUCAUGGGGCGCAAGGGAGACGACGAUAUGAAUCUGAGCACACCGCAACUUCCAUUCGUCUCGUAUGGAGCCGACUCGGGUGACGAGGCUCGCAGCGGGUUCUCGGAUGAGGACGACGCCUUUGGUCGCGAUCGACGCAACCGGCUUCGAAAAGCAACUAGCGAGGCCAACGUCGCCGCAGCGGCUCGAAACGGGGCCCCUAAGCGCCAGAGCCCGCCUUACAUGAUGAAUAGUGCCUCUCAGGGGCCGCCCCCGCCCGUCACGACCAACGGAAUGCCUGGCGGCAUGAUCUAA